AUGGAGAUGGAGGUGAACACCGACGACAUGGAGUCGUUGUCCGAUGAUUCCGAUUGGUCGUCAUUGGACAAUUCGGACAUUGAGGAGUUGCUUCAAGACGAUGACGUCGAGAUGAUGGGCCUCCUCCUCGACGUGCAAGAGUUAGAAGACCGCGCGAAGCUGAAGGAUCAGAGGAGAGGGUCGAAGAUGAGGCGAGUCACCAUCUACCGGAACCGCGGUCUCGGACACGAGCAAUUGAUGCAAGACUACUUCGCGGAGAUUGUCACCGAUUGUGAGGCCGCCUCAGAUUACUUCAAACGUCGUAGAUCCAUCGCCGGUAUCAUGGGGUUUAGUGGGUACCAAAAGAUAUUGGCUGCAAUGCAGGUGAUCGCCUAUGGCAUACCCGCAGACUAUACCGACGAGUAUCUUCGCAUUGGACAAGAUACAACCAUGGCGUCCGUUUGUAGGUUUGCAAAAUUGGUCAUCCGAUUGUAUGGUGAUGAGUAUCUUCGGGCACCCAACGAGGAAGAUACAAAGAGAUUGAUGGAGAUGAAUGAAAAAAGGGGAUGGCCGGGGAUGCUUGGUAGUCUUGAUUGCAUGCAUUGGACAUGGAAAAAUUGCCCAAAAGCAUGGCAAGGAAUGUAUUGCGGUAAAAGCCGUGAUGCUACCAUUGUGCUUGAGGCCGUGGCAUUAGAGGACACAUGGAUCUGGCAUGCAUUUUUUGGUUUGCCGGGAACACUCAAUGAUAUCAAUGUGCUCAAUAGAUCUCCUUUGUUUGCAAGAUUAGUUUCUAGGGAUGCUCCAACUUGCAACUACAAAAUCAUGGACAAUGAGUACUCAAUGGGAUACUAUCUCACCGAUGGAAUUUAUCCCGAGUGGGCAACUCUUGUGAAGUCCAUCAAGGAGAAAAAUGGGGUGCCCUUAACCAGAAAAUAG